AUAAAAGUAACACUUUUACAGGCAUUUUGUACGCGAUCAUAUGCACAUUUGGUUCAUGUGGACACGGCUGCAGAGAACAAUUUUUUGAAGAAUUUUUUGUCAAGAAUGAAAGAUGAAAACUACUGGAUUGGUGCCAAUGACAGACUUAUUGAAGGAAUAUGGAAUUAUGUAGAUACAAAUGAACUUGUAACCUUUACGGACUGGACUCCAGGACAACCUGACUCCUGGCAUGCACACAACGAGGAUUGUGCCUUGUUCUAUUUUCCACACCAGUACAAAUGGGAUGAUGGCCCCUGUGAUAGUAAACUUUUACAGAUCUGUGAAAUGAGGUUGCCAGCAGCAAAUCCGAUUGACAUAAUUGGCUAAAUUGCUUCCAACAGUGCAGGUCGUUUGUUUGCACUGUAUUGUUUCAAUAUCAAUAAUGUCAAUGAAAUAGAGACAUUAAACAAGUAACUAUA